UGUUUUCGUGUGACACGCAUUGGCAAGCAUUUCCGCCAUAUUGAGAAAAAGGAAAACAAAUAUCCAUAUGAAAAUUGUGUCUAGUCAAAAGAAAACCUAACAUUUCUGGUUUUUUAACUGCCAGUCAAAACCAGAAACAUGUUCCCUAUACCACCAGGUACAACAAUUGACAACGGCUUCAAAAGUACCCAACUGAAUGGUACACUCGGUGGGUCUUCACCAUUUGCAUUUCCCGUGCCGGAAGUGCCGCCCACCACACUGCCUUACUUGGGCCUGCCCCAACAGUUCCAGGAGCCCCCUCCCACCACACCACCCAUCGAUUUCCUGUGCCCACAACGCCCCAACCAGGGCACUGAGGGUCGUCCCAUCGCGCUCCGGGCCAACCACUUCCAGGUCCGCAUACCAAAAGGCUUCAUAAACCACUAUGACAUCAGCAUUACACCCGAUAAAUGUCCACGAAGAGUCAACAGAGAGAUCAUCGAGACCAUGGUGACAGCGUACAGCCAAAAGAUUUUCCAGGGUGCAAAACCAGUGUUUGACGGCCGUAAAAACCUCUACAGUCGAGACCCACUCCCCAUCGGCAAGGAAAAGAUCGAGUUAGAAGUAACAUUACCUGGUGAGGGCAAAGAUCGUGUUUUCACCAUCCAAGUGAAAUGGGUGGACCAGGUGUCCCUUUACGCCCUGGAGGAGGCCUUGGAAGGAAGGGGGCGAACCAUUCCCUUCGACUCUGUCCAGGCCCUCGAUGUCAUCAUGCGGCAUCUGCCUAGUCUUACAUACACACCUGUGGGACGCUCAUUUUUCUCACCCCCUGAGGGUUACGACCACCCCUUGGGUGGGGGAAGGGAGGUAUGGUUUGGCUUCCAUCAGAGUGUGAGACCCUCACUGUGGAAAAUGAUGCUCAACAUUGAUGUGUCGGCUACUGCGUUCUACAAGCAGCAGCCGGUGAUCGAGUUCAUGUGUGAGGUCCUGGAUAUGAAGGACAUGUCUGAACAGAAACGUCCCCUUACUGACUCCCAGAGGGUCAAGUUCACCAAGGAAAUCAAAGGUCUGAAGGUUGAGAUCACCCACUGUGGGACCAUGAAGAGGAAAUACAGGGUGUGUAACGUCACACGCAGACCCGCACAAACACAGUCAUUCCCUCUGCAGUUGGACUCUGGCCAGACAGUAGAGUGCACAGUUGCCAGGUAUUUCCUGGAGAGGUACAAGAUGAAGCUCCAGCAUCCCCACCUGCCCUGUCUACAAGUGGGACAGGAGCAGAAACACACAUACCUGCCCCUAGAGGUGUGCAACGUGGUUGGCGGCCAGCGGUGUAUCAAGAAGCUGACGGACAACCAGACCUCUACCAUGAUCAAGGCGACAGCGAGAUCUGCCCCAGACAGGGAGAAGGAAAUCAACAAUCUGGUGCGGAAGGCAAACUUCAACUCAGACCCAUACCUACAGACGUUUGGUAUCAGCAUCAUCCCACAGAUGGUUGACGUACACGGGCGUGUGCUGAACCCGCCAAAAAUACAGUAUGGCGGCAGGACGAAAGCUCAGGCGAUCCCCAAUCAAGGUGUGUGGGAUAUGAGAGGGAAACAGUUUUACAGCGGGAUAGAGAUUCGGGUGUGGGCUAUUGCCUGCUUCGCCCCUCAGAGAACUGUGAGAGAAGAUGCCCUUAGGAACUUCACCCAGCAGCUUCAGCGGAUCUCAAAUGAUGCAGGAAUGCCGAUUCUGGGCCAGCCAUGCUUUUGCAAGUACGCUACAGGCCCCGACCAGGUGGAACCCAUGUUCCGAUAUCUGAAGAACACCUACCAGGGCCUCCAAGUAAUAGUUGUAGUCCUGCCUGGCAAGACGCCUGUUUAUGCUGAGGUCAAGCGUGUGGGUGAUAUCAUGUUUGGGUUGGCAACCCAGUGUGUUCAAGCGAAGAAUGUGAACAAGACCACGCCUCAAACACUCUCCAAUCUGUGUCUCAAGAUCAACGUGAAACUGGGAGGCAUCAACAACAUCCUCCUCCCCAGUAUACGUCCUACCGUGUUUAGAGAGCCCGUGAUUUUCCUGGGCGCGGACGUGACCCAUCCGCCCGCAGGUGACGCUAGCAAACCAUCCAUUGCUGCUGUUGUAGCAAGUAUGGAUGCCCACCCUAGCCGGUACUCGGCAACUGUGCGAGUCCAGCAGCACCGUCAGGAGAUCAUCCAGGAGCUGGCAUCCAUGGUGAAGGAGCUGUUGAUACAGUUUUACAAGGCAACACGCUUCAAGCCGACACGUAUCAUCUUCUACAGGGACGGUGUCUCUGAGGGACAGUUCCAGUCCGUAAGUAGGGUGCUAUCCCAUGAACUGCGAGCAAUCCGUGAAGCCUGCAUGAAGCUCGAGGCCGACUACCAGCCUGGUAUUACAUUCAUUGUAGUCCAGAAACGCCACCACACACGCCUGUUCUGCGCCGACCGCAAGGACCAGAUAGGUCGCAGCGGUAACAUCCCUGCCGGCACCACCGUUGAUGUUGGUAUCACUCACCCCACUGAGUUUGAUUUCUACCUGUGUAGCCAUGCUGGUAUACAGGGUACCAGUCGCCCCUCCCACUACCAUGUUCUCUGGGACGACAACCGAUUCUCUGCAGACGAGCUUCAGAUGUUGACAUACCAGCUGUGCCAUACGUAUGUGCGGUGUACGCGCAGUGUCUCAAUUCCCGCUCCCGCGUACUACGCCCAUCUGGUCGCCUUCCGCGCACGAUACCACCUCGUUGAGAAGGAACAUGACAGCGGCGAAGGCAGCAGAUACUCCGACAACAGUGACGAAAGAGCCCCUUCUGUGAUGGCCCGCGCCGUUACUGUGCAUCCUGACACUGUUCGCUACAUGUACUUCGCAUGAGCUCUGUGCAAUACUAGAACACUCCACUGUAUGACUUCCAGCUAUUCCUGUCAGAAAACACAGUUUAGCUUACGACUAUGGACACAUGUCCAUUUUUGUGAUACUCCAGUAUAUAAUCAUGUGAAAUUGAACUUUUUGACACCUAAUGCUGGAAGGAUAAUUUUUAUCAGAACUAAAUAUUCAUAAAAUAGGAAGAAAAUCAUGUAAAUAAUCAAAUGACACAUUGAGAGCGACUUAGGAAGAAAAUCAUGUAAAUAAUCAAAUGACACAUUGAGAGCGACUUUUCUCUGAAUUUUCUUGUCCGAUGUGGUUGUAUUGUGAAAUUAGCAGGGUUAAAAAGGUCAUUGUCGAGUACGAUUUUGUGAGAUGAUUUGUUAAACUAGUGGAAUAUGUGAUAAUCUCAAGUCAGUUUUAGUUUAAUCAGGCAAAAAAGGAUGCAAAUCAUUAUAUGUCUCAUUAUAGAUGCCUUCUUGUCAUGUCUGAAUCAAUAUUUUGUAUUUGCAAUAUUCCAAAAAUCUACUUGAGCAAGUCAUGGAGCAACUAGUCUUCUAAUAGAUAAUCAAGAAAGGACAGGUCCCAAAAAUUUUACUUGAUUUUUUAGAUUUGAGAAGCACAAUAAGUUGAUUUAUUCAUAUGAUAGAUUAUUUGAUCAUGUUGAAAUAAGUCAUUAAUGCCUUUGUUUCUUUUGACUUGCUGUACUGAACAGAAUCUAAGAUCUUUAUGAUUGAUUUGAAAUGUUAUAAGGCCAAAGUAUGUGUAGAUGAUUUUCAAAACAAAUACAAUCAUCUCAUUAUCUGUGUAAUGAAAUGCCUUUGUCUGACUUCAUUUCCAUUUCUGUACUUGAUAUCUUGUGUGUGAAUGCUCUUGUUGGACAAUACCUAAAACUUCACCUGUUUGUGGGAAAAAAAACGAUGUAACAUAGAAGCUCGGUGUGUGAUACCAGUGGUGUUAUUUUAAGAAACACAGUGAUGGUAUUGGCUAAUGUCUUGGUUGCAAUUUAUUUGUGUAUAUGUGAUAAAAGUUCAAGUGAUAGCUUUGUCUGUUUCAGUUACACAUUUGGCAUUGAACAUGUUGGAAAAAAUACUUGAAUGUGCUUGUUAUUUUCAUGACUUGCUUAAUAUACAGGAACUAAUUUUUGAGUUUUUGAGAGUUACAAGCUUAAGUUGCUUAUUUUAUUAAGCCAAAUCUGGCAUUUAAACUCGAUUUUAUGAAAUGAAAAUUAGUAAGCGUGCUUAUUAUAAAAAUAAUUCCAUUUUUAAGUCCAAAAAAUAUGACCAUUUCAAAAAAAAGUUUAUACCCGAAUUAUGUAAUUGAAACGGACAAGGGUUUUUGACAAUGGUGAGGAUCUAAUUCUAGUAUUAAAUGGCAUAGAUGUUGAUUUUAGUCUGUCAGGUGCAGCUAUUAGUGUAGUUUAUAAGCUACAGAAUAUAUCAUGUUUUUGUAUAGAGUUUAUCGGCAAUAUUUUUGCAAGUCAUAUCUGCAUUAUAUUAUUAUAUUUCUUCACAGUUGUUGCUCUAGACUCAAAAUAUUUUAGGGAUAUGAAUAUUGAAAAGAAAGAAUUUUUGCUCAUAAGAAAUAAAGAUAACUUUCAUAAGUAACCAAAUUCAUCUGGAUGGUCAUAUCAACAUGAGAGUGUGGAUGAAUUUUGAACAUUUUACAUACAUAGCUAGGUUUGAUUUAUUACGAAGACUGGUGAUUUGCAGUAGCGAGGGCGGGAGCAGUCGUAACUCGUCCGACCAUGGGGACGACCGAUCCACGGGUAUUAUGGCUCGCACAGUCACGCUUCACCCCGACACCGUCAACGUCAUGUACUUUGCCUAGUUUACUCUUCAGGGACCCGUUUCGAUAAAGAUCUAGGUCGAUCUUAGUCAAAAAUUGAAGUUCUCUGCAUCAUAGAUUCAUUAUAAGUUAGUAUUAAAAAUGAACACAAGGUUGAGGAAAUCAAUGUGUUGCCAUGUUUGAUGUUUGUACAGAUUUAAGUUAUGACUGAAAUCCUUUAUUGAAAUGAGGCCCUGGGGAUUUGGUUGAGGAAUAAAAAAUAUAGAAAUAAGGAUUUAUUACUUCAUGAUGAUAAUUUUAAGAAUGAUAUUUUUCUCUCUUCUAAAUUGUCUCAAUUUUGGUAAUAACAAUAUUCAGCUAGCUGAACUCUUCAAAUUUAAAAAGAAAAUACUUUUAUCUAUAUAGUUUUUCAAGCAAUAUGUUGGAAUGUCAAGUCUUUCCCUUAAAUUAAAAACGUUGCAUCUCCUAUUUUAAAAUUCCUUGCAUGGUUUCCAAAAAAAUCAUUUGAUACAGAACUUUUUAAAGAUAAAAUCUAGUUUUAAACAUUCUUAUAAGAUUCAAAAAAUAAUACAGAUAUGUGGUAGUAUGAUAGUUAUACAUAGUUCAACAUUUAUGUCCACUCAUAUCACUACAUGUUUACGAAGCCCCAGCAGAUUUUAUCAUUAUAAUUAAUCCCAUAUGAAUCCCAAGUUUAAAUGUAUGCUGUGAUGUAUUAGGUAUAUCUUGCCGUAUUGAUAUGCUUGUGCUAGGUUGAACGCGUAAAUGAAUUUUCAUUAUUUCAAAGAUGUUUUAACUAUUGUAUUUUACUGUUUAUUAUUAUGUACAUGUAUUUAAUGACCAUAAAGGCGGGAUCUUUUAAUUUGAUAAAUUUGUCUAUUUAUAAACUUUGUUCUGUUUUGCAAAAGUGGUAUAAAAUUUUGUAAUGUGUAAUGAAAUUCUAUUGGUUAAGCUUAGAAAUGAUCAGCCAAUAGCAACUUUUCAUUGAAAUUUGUCCAUGUUUGCUAUUGGUUGAUUUAAAUGAGGCGCAGACCAAUGGAAAUGUAGAUUAGAAAUGUGUUUAUCAUGUUAAGCAAUAUUGGUUGCCACUUGAAUCAUGUUGAAUAAACAAUAGUAUUUAUUUUUUGAUGCAUUUGUUUGCCAUUGUUAUUUGCACUGAUACCAAAAUCAUUUCUGACAUUCUGAUUCAAAAAUCAUGAUAAUAUUGAUCAUGAUUGGAAUCUUUUUAUUUUGUCAUUCAUCGUUUUGCCAAAAUCAUAAAAAAAAAGUUAAUACUAGGAAAUAAGAAGUUGAUCAAAGACUCGAUCAAAAAAGACAAUUUUAGGGAUCAAAGCUGACAAAGAGCAUGUUUUAAAAUAGAUCAAAGUAAGGUUUAUGCUGUAUUCAUACAUCGAACAAAAUGUUCAUUAUAGAAAAAAAUGGGUGAAAAAUUCUUUGUUUUGAAAAUGGGUAACUGAUGUUAGAUUUGAAGACUACAGUCGUAGCCAUUUAAUCAUGUUUAGUAAAUUGUUUUAUAUCUAAAUGGUAUCAAUAUUCCUUUAACAAAUAAUUACUUGUACAUUAUAAUAAAGUCAAAUUAUAUA